UACGUAAUUUUAGACAUGCGCAGUCAUCACUGCCACUAGCUUUGUUGGAUUGCUACCUGCUACUGCUAACUAGCAAGUAUUUCCUGCCUGUGACUGGACACAGCAAUGGACGUCGAAGCGUUAUUGGAAGCGUUUCAAGAUUUUGAGAAGAAAGGCAAGAGAGAGACCUGUCCUGUUCUAGAGCAAUUCUUGUGUCAUGUUGCCAAGACAGGGCAGCCAAUGAUCCUGUGGUCACAGUUCAAAACGUACUUCAUGUUUAAAUUGGAAAAAGUCAUGGAUGAUUUCCAGGCUUCAACACCAGAACAGAGAGGGCCACAUAAUCCCAAUGUAGAGUAUAUUCCCUUCGAAGAGAUGAAGAAGAGGAUCUUAAAAAUAGUGGAUGGUUACAAUGGAAUCCCAUUCACCAUCCAGCGUCUAUGUGAACUCCUAACGGACCCCAAGCGCAACUAUACAGGAACAGAGAAGUUUCUUAUGGGUUUAGAGAAGAAUGUAAUGGUGGUCAGCUGUGUGUACCCCACAUCAGAGAAAAAUGGGGCAUCCAGUGUAAACAGAAUGAAUGGCGUGAUGUUUCCUGGUAACUCUUCUCUAUAUUCAGACAGUCAAACUGUAAAUGGACCAGGCACACCAAAACCGCUCAACAGACCAAAGCUGUCAAGCUGCCAUUCGCUUUCGACCAACGGGCUCCCUGACUGUACAGUCAGUAAAGAGCCAGAGACAACCACAACUGAAGUGGAGGAGCACCAUAUCAGUGAUUCCUCGCCAUCAGAAGGUGAAAUUACACCAAACAGCGGGAUAAAGAACAAACACCCCAAGGAGGAGGAAGAGGAAGAGGAGGAGGAGGAUUCUGCCGCUGACAAGCAUGAGGUCAAGAGGCUCAAGUUUGACAAAAAGGAAGAAGAUGAAACAGAAAGUGAAGAAAAGGAGAUAUCUUGUUGCAAAGGGUCAGAGAGCUUGUCAGACACACCAGAGUCUUCCAAAGACUCUUGUGGUCAAGAGUACAUAAGUGGAACAUCUUGUGAGACACCUGCUAUUUUAGAGGAUCAUGAGCCCAGUAGCACACAGACAGAACCUUCUGAAAGGGAAGAAGAUUCAUCUGAGAGGGGGAAUGUCCACUGUCCGGAGAUUGACAGCACUGUGGAUCAACCUGAGCAGCCUGCUCCAUCAGCGAAGAGUACAAGCUCUGAGCAGGAAAAGGAGAAGAGUAGCAGCAUUGAUGGAGAAGGCCCACCCAUCGACAACCAGGUCCCCUCUUCUACUAAUUCAUUGGUCUUGUCAACAGAGGGUGGCGCUGACAAUUCAAGCAGCGCAAAGACUGAAAUAGAGCCAAGAGAACAUGACUAAUUUAAAGCCCAGCCUGUCAACUGACUUUUUUUUUACACUGUAUGAUACCACACCAAGGGUAUGUCUGUAGCACUGUGGACCUUUAGACAUCAGCACCAGGCGCGAUGUGGACCUCGAGAUUCAUCAUAAUAGGAUCUUUUUGUCCACCUCAGUUUCAACUAUUCAAGGCCACACAUCACUGGUCUUUAAACUGGAAGGAAAUGAUUUAAAGAAGAUAAUGGAGACUCUGCUUUUUUCACUGCUGACUAAAAGUUUUUCUAAUCUUUUUUUCCUGAUUUUUAUAUCUAAGUGUUAUAAUUUAACCUUGAUAACUGAUUUUUUUUUUUUGAUUGAUAUGAUUUGUUGAGGACACGCGUCAUUAAGAAUGUGAAACAACACUUCACAGAUGUCGGUUUGCUUUUUCAAUGAAGCACAUACCAUAAAAAUGUAUUUCUUAUUAACAUUAUAUUGCAGUUGUUUGCAUUAACCCCUUGAAGGAUAUGGAAAAUGUCACAGUUUUGCUUUGUCGCUGUAUGAAGCCAAUAUCAACACAAUAUUGCCAGUAGUAACCAGUUUGGUUAGAUAGAAUAUUGGUUUGGCUUAAGAGAAGCCAUUUCUACAUCACAAUCUGUCAACAGUACACAAGGUACUUUUACACUUUCUGUAUGUCAUACUUUAGUUGUACAACUGUCCCUUUUUGAUAGCUUGGAUUUUUACAGUAUGUAUCUGUAAAUCAGUUUUUGUAGACUUGUAAUACAUGUCCACUGCCUUUGUGGAACUGAUAAUCACUGGAAAUUGAAUGCUUGAGCUUGUAUCAUAGUAUUCGUGGAAAGCAAUAAAUGCUAAAAUUUAAA